GAUCCUGGGGUGUAAAAAUACCUCCGACAGCUUCACUCGAGUCAGAUCCCUGUUGCAGGCAGCACCUAGCUCAACUCCCUAACACAACAUCACAAUGGCUGAUCUCAGUGACAAAGACGUCGAAAAGGCGAAAUUCGCUUUUGGAAUCUACGACUUCGAGGGAGUUGGCACCAUGGACGGUUUCUACGUCGGAGACUGCCUGAGGGCCUUGGGUCUCAACCCGACCAACGCCGUCGUCGAAAAGCUCGGCGGAAGCAAGAAGAAAGGUGAAAAACGUCUGACCGUCGAGGAAUUCCUGCCCAUCUACAGCCAGGCCAAGAAGGACAAAGAUUGCGGAGUCUACGAGGACUUCAUCGAGUGCCUGAAGCUUUACGACAAGCAGGAAGACGGUCUCAUGGUUGGCGCUGAACUCAACCACAUUCUCAUUACUCUCGGUGAAAAAUUAACUGACAGCGAGGCCGAUGAAGUCCUCAAGGACUGCCUCGACCCCGAAGACGAAGACGGUAUGGUCCCCUAUGUCCCCUUCGUCAAGAGAUUUAUGGCCUUGGUCUAAACCAUCAUCAACUAUUUUAUAAUUAAAAUACAUUUCCAUUUUUGGCCAGAAUCACCGAAAGGCCCAUUCCAAAGGAACUCAAUCCGCAUAUGAAGUGAGAGGAGCAACGUCACCGCUCUAUUUAACACUCAACAACGACAAUAACAACUAAUUCAAUAAUAAUAAUAAUUUAAAAAGAAAAUCUCAAUUGUAAUAAAAAAAAAUUCACUUAAAUAUUUGAACAUGUAAUACAUAUGACGUAAAUAUAUAACAAGGCGUGAUUAUUAUUUUUGUCGUUUGACAAACGUUCCAGUAUUUAUUUAUAAAAUUGUUGGAAAUACAUGCAAAUUCAGGUAGUUUGAUUU